ACGAUCCGUAUGCCGACGCCUCGCCAUGCGCUGCCGCUCGCGCUCGCCGCGCUGCUGCUGCUGGCGGCGGCGGCGGACGCGCAGCCGAACGAGCCGAGGGACAAGAGCAACGGCGGCGGGGGGUUCAUGGUGCCUGGCAGCGGCGGCGGCGGCGGCAUGAACCAGUCGCCAAGCUUCAGCGCGCCCAUGGUGGUGCUCCUCGUGGCGCUCAUCGCGGCCUUCUUCUUCAUCGGGUUCUUCUCCAUCUAUAUCCGGCGGUGCGGCGGCGGCGCCGGCUCCACGGGCCCGAUCAUCCCGGCCGCGGCGCUGGCGGCGCUGUCGAGGCAGGAGCAGCGGAACCGGCAGCGCGGGCUCGACCCCGACGUGGUCGAGUCGUUCCCGACCAUGAAGUACGCCGAGGCGAGGGAGCUCCGGGACGGCGGCAAGGACGCCGUGCUCGAGUGUGCCGUCUGCCUCAGCGAGUUCGACGACGCGGAGGAGCUCCGGCUGCUGCCCAAGUGCAGCCACGCCUUCCACCCGGACUGCAUCGGGGAGUGGCUCGCCGGCCACGUCACGUGCCCUGUUUGCCGGUGCAACCUUGCGCCCGAGGACCCCGCCGCCGCGGCGGAGGCGAACGUCGUCUCCAGCGAGGUGGCCGGGGAGCAGCAGGAGGUGGCUAUCAACGUGGACCGCGAGGGCGGGGAGGACGAGGAGAGGCAGAGGGAGGCGAUGGAGCUGGAGAGGAUCGGGAGCCAGCGCCGCGCCGUGCGGUCGCGGUCGGGGCGGCCGCUGCCACGGUCGCACUCGACAGGCCACUCCCUCGCCGCGACGCGGCUCGACGGCGACCUCGAGCGGUUCACGCUGCGGCUGCCGGAGCACGUGCGCAGGGAGAUGGUUGCCGCCGCCGGCGAGGAGAGCAUGCGCCGCACCGCCGUCCGGGAAAGCCGUGGAGCACGGAGCGCGCGGAUCGGGCGGUCCGACCGGUGGCCGUCGUUCAUCGCGAGGACGUUCUCAUCGAGGGUGCCGUUCUGGUCUGCGUCGAGGAGAGCACUCGACACGGAGGCCGGAGCUGACGUCUACACCGGCACCGCCACGACGCCGACGUCAACGACGGCGAGGACCAAGCGUGACAAGACCACCGCCACCGAUGGCUCAGUGAGCUCAGCUAAGGGCAGCGUCCGCUUCGACUGCCUCGGCGGCGGCGGCGGCCCGAGCACAAGAGUCGUCGCCUUCGCCAACGACGACGUGGAGGACGACGACGAGAAGCCAAUCGCCCGGCAAGUUUGAGCGCGGUAAGUGAGGCUCGCGCCAUGUCGACCGUCGACGUUCGUUCACUUCUUCCGGCGCCAUCAGCGCAUCAUCUGAUCAUAAAUCUUCGCAGCGAUCCGCCAUGGCUUGAGCUUCGAUGAUCAAUCAGCUCGUACACGGACGAACACACACAGACCACUAGAAACUUAGAAAGAUUGCCCACUUCAGUUGAAAAAUACUACUACUAAGUCAGUAGACUGUUACAUUUUCUCUUCAUUGCUUCUUUGGCUAGAGAAGUGGCGUAGAAACCUUCAAGAUCCAUUUUUUUCCUUCUUCUUUGUUGAAAAACUGGAGCGGAGUUGUACCGGCACUGUAUUCAAAGAUUCCUGUGAUUAUUUAUAAUUUUUUUCACAUGAGCUUAGGUUGCUAAACUUAACAAUCAGCUCAAUCAUGCAUA